GGUGCCUUGUUGUGGUGCCUUUUCUGUCGCCUACCUGCCCACUCCUCUCCUGGCCACACUGCACAUCGCAUCCACAACAAAAAACGCGCGAAGGUUCGGGCAGAAAACGCAAAACAUCGCCGUGAUAACAUCCUCGCCAGCAACGGACCGCAUCCUUCACAACGCAGUAAACAUCCGGAACACAUUUGCACAACAUGCUCUGCGAGGAUCAACACAUGUCUGUGGACAACACACCGCAGAAAGGCUCCGGUAGCCUGAAUUCCUCAGCAUCCUCCAUAUCGAUUGAUGUGAAGCCCACCAUGCAGAGCUGGGCCCAGGAGGUCCGCGCGGAGUUUGGCCACAGUGACGAGGCCUCCAGUUCCCUGAAUAGCAGCGCCGCCAGCUGCGGUUCCAAAAAGGAGACAUCAGAUGUUAAACUCGAGUCCAUCGAGGGCGAGGGCCGGGAAAUGGCCUUCGAGUUCCUGGAUGGCGUCAACGAAGUCAAGUUCGAGCGCCUGGUCAAGGAGGAGAAGCUGAAGACGCCCUACAAGCGCCGACAUUCGUUUACGCCGCCCAGCCACGAGAACAGUCGCUCCAACAGUCCAAACAGCAGCAACUCCUCGGCCAACGGAGAUGCAGCUGCCCCCAAAGGCGGCAACCAUCAGCAUCCGAGAAACCGAAAGCCCGACAGCUUCCGGGCCCACAAGGAGGAGAAACGGGUGCGCCACAACAGCUACACAUCCUCCACCUCAUCCUCCUCCUGCUACACCGAAGCCGAUCCCGCCGUCCUAAGCCGCCGUCAGAAGCAAAUAGAUUACGGAAAGAAUACUGCCGCCUAUGAGCGCUAUCUGGAGAUGGUGCCCAGGUCGGAGCGGACUCGCGAUCAUCCGCGCACCCCAAACAAGUACGGAAAGUACAGCCGCCGCGCAUUCGAUGGCCUCGUGAAGAUCUGGCGCAAGAGCCUCCACAUCUACGAUCCACCCACCCAAGCGCGCGCCACAGCCAAUGACAGCAAUUCCGACUCGGAUUCGGACUAGGAUCGAAUCUUGUUAUCGGGCCGGGUUACGUUUUUCAAAUAUUAAUGGGGGGUUUUACCUACUUACUUUCAUUCUAAGUACAAAUUCGAGCUAACUAAAACUAUGAAUCAAACACGCAUUUUCGAGGCACAAGGCCGUGUUCAGAGAAUUGUUACGCAGAUGUUUUUUUGAAUAAAAUGGCGUCUUACAAGA